GCAUGAAAUCCAAAUUCUGAAGUAAAAUCUUUUCACUCAUAAGAUCUUCUUGAGUAAAAUUUGGGUCUUUAAUUUGGCAUGCUGGAGGGGUCGUGGCAUGUUGCAGGACCCCUGUCAUUUCGGCACUUAAAAACCUGGUCAGCGUAAUGAUGAUGUCUUUGAAAUCAGGGAGACAACUGGUUACAGUCGUCAAAUGGCUAUCAAACUAUUUAUCAUCGGCACCUCGAAGGAAUAAGACAAAUUUAAUCGAUCAUCGCUGUAUGUCAUCAUUGGCAGAGAAAUGGAAUACACCCAGCACGAGAAUGUGCAGUGAACCUGCUACUAUUUGUACCAGUAGCGGCAUUUCCUACCGAAGAUAUUCGGAGACAUCUGGUAAUAAAGAUGACUAUGAUGACGAGGCCAUUGAAGAUGAACGAUAUAAUGAAUAUGUUGGUGAUCAGUUAGGCUACCUUCUGCCAGAAGGUGGUCACAGAGUUCUAGUUGUACAGCCAGACAUCAAGUGGGGGCCAAGGAAGCCCAGGUUAACUAAUGCAGCUUUGCAAUUGGCUGAGGGUUGUGCUUUAAUAAAAACUCUUCCAAAAUGGCAGGUCGUGGACAAGUUGACAAUGUCACUUAAACUUGAAGACAAGAAGCAUGUAUUUGGUAAAGGGAACUUUGCGACUCUCACUAAGAAAGUACGAUCCGCGACACAUUUGACAGCAGUGUUUAUGAAUGUUAACAUGCUCACUUAUCCCCAGCUGAAAACUUUACAGAACGCUUGGAAGGUGGCUGUCUAUGAUAGGUAUACUAUCGUAUUGCAAAUCUUUAAAGUUCAUGCCAGAACAAGAGAGGCCAAACUCCAGGUAGCCCUUGCUGAGCUGCCAUACUUCAAAUCUCGUCUCCAGGGUAUGCAUGAUGGAAGUCUUGAAUGGCAGCAGCAAGAUGUUAGUCGCAUUGGAGGCAUGGGCGAAUCUUACAUACAACUGCGACAGCAAAUUUUGCAGGAAAGGGAACUGAAGAUCAAGAAAGCGCUUUCAAAACUUCGGUCAAAACGACAGUUGUUAAGGGAAGGGCGAUUAAAAAAGGACAUACCAGUUGUAGCGAUCGUUGGCUAUACCAACGCUGGCAAAACUAGCUUAAUCAAAGCUCUUACUGGGGAAGUAGAAAUGGAGCCAAAAGAUCAGUUAUUUGCAACGUUAGAUGUGACAGCCCAUGCGGGCUACUUGGCAAGUCGUUUGAAGGUCAUCUUCUUGGAUACGGUCGGAUUUAUUUCGGAUAUACCGACUGACCUCAUCGAAGCAUUCGCUGCAACCUUGGAGGAUGUUCUCCAUGCCGAUGCUGUGGUGCACAUCAGAGACAUUAGCCAUCCUGAUACAAUAUCGCAGCGAGAGCGGGUUAUACAGACAUUGGCUGGUUUGAAUCUUCCUUUGAAUAUACUUGACAACAUGAUUGAGGCUUGCAACAAAUGUGAUCUGGUCAAAAGUGAUAUUGAUACAUCAGAUGCCAAUCUUGCUGACAAUACUGUCGUCAUCUCUGUGACCGAGGGAACUGGCUUGACUAGGCUGAGAAAGAUGAUUGAAACUGCAGUGUUGAAAUCAACUGGACGCCAGGUUAAAAAAUUGCGAAUCCCUAUGAAUGGAGAGCACUUGGGUUGGUUGUACAAGGAAACAACAGUUUGUUCAUCAAGAGCCAGUGAGGAUGGACAGUAUCUCUAUGUGGAGUGCAUCAUGAACGAAGCAUCUUAUGCAAGAUUCAAAGCAAACUUUGUGCGCAGGAAAUCAUGACCCGACUGAUUUAUCUUGUGACAAUGAAUGAUAAGGUUCUGUGAAUAUUGACAAGUUGCCGAGAUAGUUACUGAACAAUGAUAUUGAUGUGAAUUAGGAUGACCUUUAUUACUGCAUAAGAAUGAGAUGGAACUCGGUUACAGAGGGCGUGACAUACACCAGAACAUUCUCUGUGACAACUGCUCCUGGGUGUAAAUAAACCUAGAACUAAGACAUCACAUUCCUUCCCUCUUAUUUUAGCAUAUCGGUCAGUCCAAUGAUCCAUAGUGCGAGAGGUGGAAAAACCAAAUGACAAGGCCUGAGCUAGUUUUGCGGAACUUCGGUUUCUGCAAAUCAGACUGACUUUCCAGUUUUAGGCUCAUCGUAUGGGAGUCUAUUCAACACUGCUGUGUCCGUCGUCUGUCGUCAUCGUCUUUGUAUACAGGACCUCCCAGGUCAGGUGACCUCUGACAAUGAAUUUUUGUCCGAUCUAAUUCUUGACUUGGCCACCAGGGGGCCAGAAGUGGAAACCUAAAAAGUGUGAUAUAUCUCUUAUGAGUGACUCGUUUUCGAUAGAAAUCUUAUGGUAGGUUCUCCUAGCAAGGAUACCAAGGAGGAUACCGCGGUGACGUCACAUCACGUGAUCC